GAGAAGGUGCGGCCCGGUUCUUCGCUCGGACGUCAUUUCGAUCAGUAGCGGAAGGGCCGUUUUGAGCAGCUACCUACGAGCCUUCGCACAAGCCAUGAGCGACACAAUACGAAUCGGGGUUGAAGAGCUAGAUUCCGACGAAAUCAACCGACGGUUUCCAGGAGUGUGCCUCAACGUUCCUUGCAGCGCGAAAAGUACAUGUUACGAGAACGACCGCAGCGCUUCCACGUCCAUCUGUCACGUCUUCGACCACCUGUCCCGUUGGAAUUACAUCCUAUGGCACGUUGGCCUGCAGCUGCGAGAAAUCCGUCGCCCCGGAAAGCUGUCUCUGGUACGGGUCUUCUACAGGGGUAGGGGCGGCUACAGGCAGCGAGCGCGAAGCCGCGACGCGCGGGUUCUCUUCUACGUCCUGCUGGUACAGCAUAGAUGCGUCGAGAGCCUACACCUUCACGACGCCCUCAUCGAAGGCAGCGGACUCGGCGAGUACAGGGAGUGCGUCGUCUCGGCGCUUCAGAAAAACACGAGCCUACGGACGCUGACCAUUGGCAGUCUGUUCGGCGACUACGCGAGCAUUCGAGAACACAUGUUCCAAGCCAUUUCCACGAUGACCCACCUGCGAGAACUGGUCGUCCUCGGCCGCAGUGCGGCGCCACCGGCCCUGAUAGACGCCAUAUGUCCACUCAUCGAGGACACCACAUGUCUCGUCACUCUCUCGAUGCCCGGCAUCGUCUUGGACGAGGAAGGCUGGACGCUUCUAACGUGCGAGCUCAUGCACAACGAUACCAUCGAGGAUCUGUCCGUGCACGUCAGCAUCCUGCAUUCGUACAUGCCGAACGGAGUUUCUAUAUUUUCCGCGUUUCUGGCCACUUGCAUGCAGCUGACCUCUCUGAGCGUGCAAGGUGUGAACUUGGAUCCAGAGAAAACAUUCUCGGACAUCGAGCGCAUCGUCGGAGCGCUUGUCCUUCGUGGCCAGCUCGAGAAGCUCAGACUCACGGGCUUCCUGCUAAACGCAGAGUGCGCGGCUCUGCUCGCCGAACUGGUGUCUCGGAAAGAAGGACGCCUUCGAAGCCUCGACAUCAGCGGCUGCCGGUUUUGGAUACCCAAGUCAUUGCCAGAACGCCGACCAUCCGGUGAAGCUACUAGCGGCGAACAGCCGGGACACCCGGUGCUCACGAAGUCGAGAUGCCUUUGGCUUCAGACAUUCGACCACACUACACGAGUGGAACUCUCGUUUCUGGCCAUCAGCAUGGCGGGACUCAGGCCUGACGACCUGCAGGCUAUGUUCAACGUCGCCAUCGCCAUCGAAUCUCUCCAGGUCAUCUCGCUGAGAGACUUGUCGCGCAGUAAUCUGAUUGACGUUUGCCGAAUCAUCCGGGAAACCGGAUUAAGCGGUAGAGUUCGCCUGGAAGACGGCUACCUCGUCGACUCUCCGGCACUAGCUGAGCUUCGGGAGUUUCCGGAAGCACUGCGCAAUGUGGCGAUUACUUCUGUCAGCCAUCCGAGUCCCAAAGCCUUCGUGGACACGGUCCACCUGGUUUGCUCCUGGAAACAGGUGACUACGCUCAAGCUCCUCUUGACGCAGGAAGUGCUGUCUGACGUCCCCACGUUUCACAAGCUGAGCAAGUGCUUGAGUACUGCUGUCUCGCUAAGGGAACUUGCGCUCAUCGGUUCCAAACGGCCGGAUCUCGAUGGAACACUUAAAUCGGGCGACCCUCCUCACAGCGUUCUUCUGGACGUGAUAUCUGGUAACACGGCUAUUCGAGCACUGCGACUUAGCGGAUUUCGUCUAGGCGACGGCAACUUGUGGUUCCUCGUCGACGAAAUUGUGGGAAGCGAGAACCUGUGCGAGGUCUCUUUUGUGUCCUGGGACCCGAACGAAAACGACUGCUUCCUUCACCUCCUAGCCGACGAAUUCCGUGAGAACAAGUCCGUCACCAAGUUACGACUCCGGGAAUUUACGGACGGUGUGGAUGAAGAGUGGUUCAUCGUUGAAGACAUCAUCAGCCGCAACACGGGAUGCCUGACGUGUGCGGCGCACUAUUUCGUGGGCAAUGACGACUCGCCGCGUAGCGAGGCUGCAUACGAGGCUCUCAGCCACACUCCGGCCUUGAUGAGAAAGGUGGAGGAGCUAAGAAACGAGGGUCAGACAACGGGUACUUCUCGAAGCACUCCGAGAUAGCCUCUGAGCUUUCGUGAGAAUUUUCGAG